ACAACCUCAGUCAGACAUUUAAGUUGGAGCAGAGUGGUAGGACACAUUGAGUAGGCAGCGAAAGCCACUCCUUUGGUCUACACAUCAUUCAUGUCAAACCUAUUCAGAGAAUGAGAUACGCUAGGGCUGGGUCAUCAAAUGUUACCGAAUACAAGUAGGGGAAAGGGAUUCCAGAAACAAAACCCACAGAACGCAGAGGAAGAAAACAACUGGACUAGAGACUUCAGGGGAAGCAAAACUACGCUGCCGACAUGCCCAUAGACAAGACAACGACGCCGCCUCGGCCAAAUUUGAUUGAUUUCCAUGGAGUUUCAAUGGUCCAUUAUUUCACGGACAACUGGGAGAAAAUUCAAAACUUCAAAGCCAGACCAGAUGAUAUCCUGAUUGCAACAUACCCGAAAGCAGGAACUACAUGGGUCUCCUACAUUCUUGAUCUUCUGUAUUUUUCGAAGACACAACCAGAUCGCCAGACAUCCACCUCUCUUAAUGAUAGAGUACCUUUCCUGGAGAUUACGAGCCUAAACCAAUCAUCUGGAACCGAUCUGGCUGACAGUCUGGAUACUUCUCCUCGUCUCAUCAAAACUCACCUGCCGGUCCAGUUGCUUCCAAAGUCCUUUUGGGAACAGGAAUGCAGGGUAGUGUAUGUGGCCCGUAAUGCUAAAGACAAUGCAGUGUCUUAUUUCCACUUUGACCGCAUGAACUACGGCCACCCAGAACCAGGAGACUGGAACAGCUACCUACAGAGAUUCAUUGAUGGAAAGAUGGUUUUUGGAUCCUGGUAUGACCAUGUGAUUGGCUGGUGGGAGAAGAAACACUCCCAUCCUAAAAUCCACUACAUGUUCUUUGAAGAUAUGGUUGAGGACACAGGACGGGAGAUAAAUAAGUUGUGCUCCUUUCUUGGUUUGACCUCGACAACCAAAGAGAAGGAACAAAUCAGACAUCAAUCACAGUUUGAUAAUAUGAAGAAAGAUGACAUGGCCAACUAUUCAACUGUGGAAGUCAUGGACUUUAAGAUCUCUCCCUUCAUGAGGAAAGGGAAGGUUGGUGACUGGAAAAACCACUUCACCGUAGCCCAGAAUGAACAGUUUGAUGAGGACUAUGAGAAGAAGAUGAAGAAUAUAACGCUGCAGUUCCGCACUGUAGUCUAAAGUCUGGCAAGGCUACUCUUGCAUCAUGAUUAAACCUAAGUGACUGAUGAGGAUAUGUUUGAGCUACAGGCUUAGGUCGGCCUUUACUUGACAUUUUUUAAAGAUUCAGAUUCUCUUUUUAUGGUCAUAUUCUAUUGCCUUCAAUAAAACUUUGAGAUUUUGUUGAACAAAUAAAAAAAACAGCCCCACACAUAAAUAUAGUGGGUUGUAAGAAAAACAGUUCCCCUUAAAAAUAAUAUAGAUUCACAAGAUUUUUUUGAAUAUUAUACAGUGUUGUUUCUGUGUACGAUAACUAUCAAUUUAAUCAUAUAUUUCUAAAAGAAAAAAAUAAAGUUCUGUUAUUUAAUAGUGA